UCCCAGCACAGGAUCCCGGGCCCCCCUCCCACAGCCCGGGCCAUCAGCUGAUGUGUCUGGCAGCCUUGGGCUGCAGUCUCCGCCCCUCUCGCUGGCAGCGGGUCCUGGCAGGGCUUCCCGGCCCGGCUCCUGCUCCGGCUCCGGCCCAUCACCCUCAGACACGAGGCCCCAUGGCCUCCUCGGCGCUCAACCACUCCUGGCCGGCUCUCUCCAAGCUGUGGCCGAAACGGUGGGCUUUCAAGAGAGGUUCUGAGCCCAAGUCAUGUGUCCAGCCCUUUGAUUCUGGAGCUGCAGCCUUGGCCACCAAGAGUAGCCGUGAGCCCUGGAGACCCGAGGACCCAGACGUUUUCUCCAUCAUGCAGGAUGAGCAGGAAGAUGAUUUUGCAGAACAGCUCAGCAAGAGCGCGGAGGACCUCAGCCUGGAUUGGGGGGCCCUGCAGGACAGCGAGUAUCUCCAGGACCUGGGCCUGGCGGCCUCUUCCCCCUGCCUGCCCGGUGGGGCCGCGGACAGCAGCUCCCCGAAGACAGAAACUGAGAGAGACGCGCCCUUCUCCAGCUCGGAUGGGGCCCAGACUCUGGUGCAGAGGCGCAGCUGGGAGCGGUCGCGGAGCUGCUCCGAGGACUGGCGGAGGCUCAGCUGCGACCCCCUGCCUUUGGAGGAGAUCCCCUGCCUCCCCCGGACACUGGCUAGUCUGGCUCUCAACCUGUCGGGAGAAGGCCUGAAGACUUGGACCCAGGGCUGUCUGCCUAGGGGCGGGGCCGCAGCAGAAUCCCCAGGCAAGGACCAUGGCAGCCCCAAGGAGAAGAGAGAGAGGUCACGAUCGGCGCCCCUGGCCUGCGGGGAGAGCAGCUCCCCAGAAGCGGCAACUGUGAGAGGCCUCGAACCCCCGGAGCUGGAGAGCCUGGAAAAGGAUCACGUGGAGCCCGACCACGUGGCGCGGCAAAGGGCUCACCUGGCCACCAGCCCCGGAGCGCCCCACUCCAGCCUCACCUGGUUCGAGUUCCUGUCGGAGAGCGAGGACUGUGCCUCCAAGAGUGAGAAGAGCACCAGGAGCACCAGGGUGAAGCGGAGUCUGAGCUCCCUCCGCAGCCGGGUCACCAGGCAGAAGGAGAAGGGAAAGAGCCCAGCGCAGCUGAAGGACAAGGCUCCGGACAGCAGGGAGAAGUGGGAAUGCACCAGCGGGCACCAGCUGGUGCGGGGGACCUUCGCCGGCCACUCCAGCUGCCCGCUGUGCAGCAAGCCGCUCCUGAGUCCCGGGUUCCCCGCGUUCAGCAGGGCUAUGCCGCACCGCUUGUACUCACCAGCAAAGCCCUUUGGAAAAGCAAUUAGGCGAUCCGUAUCUAAAAUCCUGCGGCAAAAUAGGGACCUUUGCCUCCUUCUCCUCUCUUGGAGACUGGUGUCUGCACGUGGAAUGCGCUAACCACCUGAGCACAGGGAAAUGUUUACAGCGAUGCCGGGCCCACAGCAACAUGAAAACACUGGAAACAUCUGGCCAGGCUGUGAUUCUGAGAGACAGUACGCACCGCGAACAAACGCUUGUCAGGGAUGUCAGGGUGCUGGUUGUGAGCCUGGGCUGUGGCUCAGUGGUAGAGUACUUGCCUAGUGUGGCUUCCAUCCUCACCUCUGCCUUGUACCCCC